AUGGGUCUCUUUGGCAUGUCCAUCGGCUACCUGGCCUUUGCGACUCUGCAUUUCUUCCAAUUCGUCCUCGCAAUCACUGUCUGUGGGCUGUACGGCGUUGAUCUUUCGCGCGCGCGUUCGCAGGGCAAAUACACGGAUGGAAAAUGGGUCUACGCUGAAGUCGUCGGUGCACUGGGGGCUCUGACCGCCAUCCUGUACCUCGUCCCCUUCAUCCUGCGAUUCGCCGCCGUGACGGUCUGGAGCUUCAUCCUCUUCGUCCUAUGGAUCGCGCUAUUUGGACUCUUCGGCUCCAUGUACAUCCACGAGAACCCCGAGGGCAACGGCGGCAUCCAGCGCAUGAAGAACGCCGUCUGGGUCGACCUAGCGAACGCGCUGCUCUGGCUGAUCGGCACCAUUGGUUCCGGCGCCUACUGGUGGACGCAUCGCGAGCGCAACAGCCGAUUCACUGGCCGAGCCAAGUUGGGACGUGGACUCGGAGCUUGA